AAGAAAAAACUUCUAUUGAAUCUGAAAUGCAAAUCGCAAAUCUGAAACAACGCUGCAAUAACUAUGGCACCAAAAUACACCGAUUAUCGCCACUUACCAUGGAUUUUAAUUGUAAACCGUACCGCAAAGUUAUUGGCUUAAACACAAAUUCAGCUGCACUUGCCAACAUGGCACACACCCAACUGCCAUCCCUUCCACACUUUGUCCAACUGACAAACCUUUCAAAAAAUGUUUGAAAUGUGAUUUUCAAUUUUUCAUCUGAAAUCUUUGCUAAAUUUCGGCAAUGGCGCUCUCACCAGUGAAAUCUUGCACUCCAAGAACGCGCGUUUUAUCAGCUGCUAUUCUGACUCAAUUUUCCACCCCCAAAGCAGCCAAGCCCUUAGCGAACCACAUCUCAACCCCAGAAUGCUUCAGCAAUGUUUUUCUUGAGACCCCCAAAGGAAAACGGAGGGCCAGCAAGGAAAAGUGCGAUGAAGAGUGCAAUCUUCGAGUCUCCGUGAGGAUUCGGCCGAUGAAUUUAACUGAAUUGAAUGUAGUGGGCAGUGAAGAUGUGAUUCGAGUUAAGGAGAAGCAGAUAAUCGUCUGCCCCCCCAAGAACAGCCAUAGCGGGACUAGUGUAGAUCAUACGUUUAAUUACGAUCAUGUGUUUUGGUCUGUGGAUGAAAGCAGCCCAUUGUUUGCCAAGCAGGAGGAUAUUUUUCUCACCAUUGGGGUGCCCUUAUUGAAUAGUGCCUUUAAAGGAUUUAACGCUUGUUUGUUUGCUUAUGGCCAAACUGGAUCAGGGAAAAGCUACAGCAUGAUGGGCAGAAACAUUUGCGAAGUGAGUGACAUAGACUCGCAAGACUUUGCUGGAAUUACACCAAGAUUUUGCAAGGAAUUGUUCAAAAGAGCAGGCGAGCUGCAGAGCGAAUACACCAUUAGCAUUGAAGUCAGCUACUUUGAGAUUUACAACGAGAAAAUUCACGAUUUGCUUGCAAAUCCAGCUCAAAGCUCCGCUCGAGUUCCUCUGAAAGUGCGAGAGCAUCCAACUUUGGGUCCAUACAUAGUGGAUCUUACCUCUCAUACUGUGAAGUCUUACACGGAAUUGCGCGACUUCUUGAUAUUAGGCAACAAAAACCGGGCUGUUGCCAGUACAGCCAUGAACGACUUUUCCUCCAGAUCGCACAGCAUUUUCGCCAUAGAAAUCGGCCAGUCCAAGAGCCUGGAUGAUACCGACAGCUGCAGAAGGAGUAAAGUGAGCUUGGUGGAUUUAGCAGGAAGUGAGAGGCUGGGAACUUCACUCAACAAUGAGGAGCGGAUGAAGCAAGGGGUGUGCAUCAACAAAUCCCUUUUAACUUUGGGCAAAUGCAUUUCUGCCUUAGCUGAGCAAAAGAAAAACCAAUUUGUGCCAUAUAGGGACUCAGUGUUGACCUGGCUAUUGAGGGAAAGCCUUGGUGGUAACUCCCUAACCUCCAUGCUGGCCACAAUUUCUCCAUCCAGCACCCACCUGGACGAAACUUUGUCGACGUUACGAUACGCUUGCCAGGCAAGAACAAUAGUAAAUCGAGCGAGAAUAAACGAAAGCCCUCAUGAUCGCCUCAUUAGAGAGUUGCGGUUGGAAGUGGAGCGACUUAAAGCCCUGAGGAAGGACUAUGAGAGGCGUAGCUCUCUGAGCCCCCAAUCUGAGACGCUGAGCUUCAACGAGAGCUCAGAAGUUGACGACAUCAAAGUGAAACUGGUGGAAACUGAGAGCAAGCUGUUUGAGGCGCAACAAAUGUGGGAGCAGCGAUUUAUGGAAAGCAGGCAAAAUCAACUGAAAGAACUUGCUGAAGCUGAAAAAUGCAAGGCCGAGCUAGAGUCUAAAGUGAGGAUACUAAGGACUGCUAAUCAACAAGUGUCUUUGUCGCCGUAUAAAACUAACUUUCUAGAAGAACUAGAGGGGGUGUUAACUUACGAAAGUGAGUGCGAAAGUGACUUGUUGGACAGCUUUAAACAGUGCUGUAGUGACCAGGGGCUGAUCUGCACUUUCAACUCUGAUACCCUAAAAAUAAUGGACCCGGUGACAAGAAAGUACGCCUUGGUGCCUCUGAACAACCUGAAUUUGCAGAAAUACGAAAAUUUUUCGGAUUAUCUGAAAGGUCUAAAGUGGAUGAACAACAGCGCCCCGAAAGGAGCCACCAAAGCCGAAAUCGUUUCUUCAAUGAACGACAUAUUUAAAAUCCUAGGAAACCUGCAACCGCCUGAUGAAGAUAACAAUUUGAGCCUCUUAUACGCGAGAGUUAAUAAAACGCUGCAAAAGUUUGAAAGUGCGCUUUUAAACAACGUUAAGAGUAGUAAAACUGUUACUUUUCAUUUAGACACGUAGGCUUAUGCUAUUUUUGUUUGUUGCCAUUGUAAAUAGCGAUUUUUGUUUGUUUUAGUUAUUUAAUUUCUAGCAUUUUAUUUGUAUUUAAGAUGUCAUUGUCACCGAACAAACCGGGCCUGGAGGAUAUCUAUACAUUGACUAGUCACGAAGGGUUUAAUGAUUCUUAAAUAAACCUUAACAGCAAA